AUGGUCUCCGAACAGCUGGCGCCGCAUGAGGGCGAUGAAGAGGAGGAUGGAGAGAAUGGGGACGGAGAUGAGGAAGAUGGCGAAAAUGAGGAUAUGGAGGAGGAGGACAAUUCUGGUGACACUUCGAAUGAUGAGGAGCACAUCGACAGAGAAGGCGAGGAGCCGGGCAUCUUCUUCCACGACAUUCCCGCCGACCUGAACGGGCGCAAUGCGGCGCGCCUCUUUGACGACGCCUCGAUGUUGAUGCUGAGCGACCUGAUGACGACCACGACCACGAGCUCCUCCUCCUCUUCCGCUUCCACUUCUUCCGCCUCCAACGAGGCGCCCAUCUCGCUGGUGCUCACCAAGUUCCACCUCCUGCUCCUCUACCCCAGUCGGCUGAAGGUCGUUUGUCGGCUCAAUCAGGCGGUCAUCCUCGAGGACCGCUUCAGCGGCACGUACGGCCGCGUCCUCGGCCUCUGCCGCGACCCGAUCCGCGGGACGGUGUGGGCGUACGCGGAGCACGCCGUCUACCGCUACAAGAUCGUCCAGGAGGAGCGCAAUAUCUGGGAGAUCUACCUGAAGAAGCGCGACUUUGCGGCGGCGCGCCUCCACGCCGGCGACGACCUCCUCAAGCAGGACCGGACGGUCUGCGAGGAGGCGCUGCACCUCUUCUCGGUGGGCGACUACCGCGCCAGCGCCGCCCUCUUUGCCGGCGCGCGCUCCCGCUCCUUUGAGGAGAUUGCCCUCAAGUUCAUUGAGCUGGGCGGCGGCGGCAACGGUGGCGGCGACCCGGACCAGGAGGCGCUGAAGGAGUACCUGCUGUGCAAGCUGCGCACUCUGAGUCCGGUGAAGGAGCGGACGCAGGUGAUCAUCCUCCUGCUGUGGCUGCUGGAGAUCAGCCUCAAUCAGCUGGGACGGCUGGCGAAUCGGAUGGAGGACGCGGAGCUGAGCAACCAGGAGGUGCUCAACCUCAAGGUGGAGUACAAUCGGGUGGAGGCCAACCUGAAGGGGCUGAUUUCCAAUUCCAACUACAAGGCCGUCCUAAAGAAGAACCGCCACAUCGCCUACAACCUGCUGCUGGCGCACAACGCCCAGUCAGUGCUGAUCUACUUCGCCGAGACGAUGGACGACUUUGAGCGGCUGCUGGAGCACUACCUCGCCCAAGGGGAGCUCGACCAGGCGCUGAGCAUUCUGCGGAAGGAGGAGUGCCUCGCCCUCUACUACCGCUACUCGCCGGUCAUUGUGCAGGAGCGGCCGCGGGAGCUAGUGGCCCAGCUGAUGCCCCUCGCGAAGGGCAUCGACUUUGCGAAGCUCAUUCCGGCGCUGGUGCACUUUGACAGCGGCGAAAACGAUUCGGUGAAGGAGCCUGAAGUGAAGGGAGGCAGCAAACAAAGCAGCUUCACCAAGCGGGAGCUGCAGUGCCUGGAGAUACUGCGCUUCCUCGAGUACUGCGUCUUCAGCCUGGAGACGGACAGCUCGCUGGUGCACAACUACCUCAUUGCCCUCUACGCCCAGUACCAGCCGGACAAGCUCCUUACCUACCUGCAGAUUAAAGGGGGCGGAGGUGUGGGCGGCAAUGAAAGCGGUGGGGGCGGUGGCGAACUGGACGCCUCCUCCCUCCUGCAGCCGGCCCUGCCCUACGACGUCCGCUACGCCGCCCGCCUCUGCACGCAGCUCGGCCUGGGCCAGGCCACCGUGCACCUGCUCGCCACGAUGGGCUCCAUCGAGGAGGCGGUGGAGCAGGCGCUGGCGGACGGCGACGUGGAGCUGGCGAAGACGACCGCCGAGAGGGUGUCCGCCGUGCAGCGGCCGGAGAUGGCCAAGCGGCUGUGGCUGAAGAUUGCCAAGCACGUCAUCAAGAAGUCCUCCUCCUCGACUGAGGAUGGAGCAAACUCCUCCUCCUCCUCCUCCUCCUCCGACAACUUCAACCUGAAGAUGGCCACCGACCUGCUGAACGAGUGCCCCCUGCUGAAGAUCGAGGACAUCCUGCCCUACUUUCCCGCCUUCAGCACCAUCGACCACUUCAAGGAGGCGAUCUGCAGCUCGCUGGAGGAGUACAACCGGACGAUUGAGACGCUGCGCGAGGACAUGAAGGUGGCGACGGAGAGUGCGGCGGAGAUUCGCGAGGAGAUUCGCCGCCUGCGCUCCCGCUACACGCUGAUCAGCGCCACCGCCGACCGGUGCGCCCUCUGCGAGUACGCCGUCCUCAGCAAGGCCUUCUACGCCUUCAACUGNGAGACGCUGCGCGAGGACAUGAAGGUGGCGACGGAGAGUGCGGCGGAGAUUCGCGAGGAGAUUCGCCGCCUGCGCUCCCGCUACACGCUGAUCAGCGCCACCGCCGACCGGUGCGCCCUCUGCGAGUACGCCGUCCUCAGCAAGGCCUUCUACGCCUUCAACUGCGGCCACCUCUUUCACUCGGACUGCCUGCUCGAUGAGGUGCGGCCCCAUCUGGCGCCGGCGGAAAAGCGCCGCCUGGAGGAGCUGGAGCGGUCGCUGAUGCGGUCUUCAUCGCAGCCUGCUGCUGGUGGCUCGGCGAGCAAUUUAGGAGGGAGCAACGGAGGAGGGAGCACGGCCACCGCCGAGGCGGCCAGCAUCGCCGAGGCGAACCGCCGCGAGGAGGUCUACGCGGCCAUCGACGACCUGGUGGCCAGCGAGUGCCUCUACUGCGGCCACCACAUGAUCGCCAGCAUCGACAAGCCCUUCAUCGACCCGGAGGAGACCAAUGCGCUGAAGGGCUGGGACUGA